UGAAUGCUGUAAACCCCGUGGUUCCUUCAGGUCGCUGUUGCUCUGCGUAUUUCACUCUGUUAACAAUAUUUGUUGUCAGUCAUGGGGAAGUCAUUUGCUAAUUUUAUGUGUAAGAAAGAUUUUCAUCCAGCUUCGAAGUCAAAUAUAAAAAAGGCAUGGAUAGCCGAACAGAAACUGACUUUCGAGAAGAGGAAGCAAGAAGAUCUUAUGCAGGCAUACCUGAAAGAACAGGACACUUACAACAACAGGCUGUUGAUGGGGGAUGAUCGUGUUAAAAAUGGCCUCAAUUUUAUGUAUGAGGCUCCACCUGGAGCAUCGAAGGAGGAGAAGAAGGAGGAGGGAGGAGAAGAAGAAUACAAAUUUGAGUGGCAGAAAGGAGCCCCUCGAGAAAAGUAUGCAAAGGAUGACAUGAAUAUUCGAGAUCAACCCUUUGGAAUCCAGGUGCGCAACGUGAGAUGCAUCAAGUGUCACAAGUGGGGUCAUGUGAACACGGACAGGGAGUGCCCCCUGUUUGGACUGUCGGGCAUCAAUGCUAGCUCUGUGGCCUCAGAGGACACUGCAGGUCCGUCGAUGCACCCCUCCGAGUUAAUGGCCGAGAUGCGAAACAGUGGGUUUGCCCUGAAAAAAUGUGUCCUUGAUAGGAAUUCUACUGUUUGUGAUCCAUCACAGGAAUAUGUUGCCAGUGAAGAAGAAGAAGAUCCUGAGGUGGAAUUUCUGAAGUCUUUAACGACUAAACAAAAACAGAAACUCCUCAGAAAACUGGACCGGUUAGAAAAACAGAAGGGAAAGAAAAAGAAGAGCAAAAAACAGAAGAAGAAGGGCAAAAAGAAGCACAAGAAAAAGCAGGAUAGCAGUGAGAGCUCGAGUGAAUCGUCCGAUGCCAGCAGCGGCAGUGAUAGUGACUCGGACUCAGACAAGGGCAAGUCCAAGAGUCAAAGGAGAAAUAAUAAUAAGAAGAAAGAAGAUUCCUGUCGGGAUAACAGCUCUGACAACGAGCGGCGAAUCAAGAGUCAGAAAAAGGCCUCCUCUCACAGGAGCAGGUCACCGAGCCCCCACGCUGGACAUAAGCGGCCUAAAGAGGAGUCUGGAGAUUAUAGACAAAGAAGGACAGAGAGGCGAAGGAGCUGGAGUCGGAAUCGCAGCCCCGAGAACAAGAUCACGGCGGAGGGAGGUCAAGAGAGGAGGAGGUGCGACAGCAGGGGCAGCCAGACAGCCAGCAGCUCCAAGGAUGGGUUGGACAGAAGUGGAAGCCGUGAGAGAGGCAGGCAGGACCGAGGUAAAGACAGACGUCACAGCGGAGACGGUGAGCGGAGCAGAAGAAGCACAGAAGGAAACAAAGGCAGGACAGCUGAGAGGAGGAGCAGAAGCAGAGAGAGGAGAGAUGAAAGAGAGGACAGGCGGAGGAGCAGGAGUAGAGACGGAAGUAGAAGACGGCACUGACAUUUUAUUUUUUCAUUUACUUUUUCCUCUUUUAAUCCAAAAGCAAAACUAGCUGCAUGAAACUGAUGCUUUUGUUUUUUGUUUAAUGACUUUGAAAUGUUAGAAAUUCUGUUGGAUCUGCUUAAAAUGUUGCAGGACAGAUGGUGUGUCGGUCUCACUUCCCUCCAGCAGGGGGCAGCAGUGAACAGCAAAUACCUGCAGCUCCGGGUUCUGAAGGGAUUUAAUCCUGAGUAAAAAUAUAUAAAUCAAUUACCAUUAGAAACAAUUAGCCGCUCAUCUGUUUAUAGAGAAAUGUUGAGAUUAUUUUCACUCAGUGGAUCAAAAAUAUGACGA